AUGUUUCUGUCCCUGCCGCAGCUGCCCCAGAUGCCCUCCCAGUACGACGCGCAGCUCGGAGACUUGAUUCGCAGAAUGCUAAGUAAAAGACCAGAGGAGCGACCGGACGUUAGGGGCGUCCUGCGACAGACGUACAUCAGAAAACAGAUCGCUCUGUUCCUGGAGGCUACAAAAGAAAAAACCAAAAGGAAAUCUUCUGUUGGAGGCGAUUGUGGAUCGUGGAAAACAGGACUAAAGUCUCCUCCUCUUCGACCAAAGCAGCCGGAGAGACUUCCUUUGCCUAAAUCCCAAAAUGGCAGCAGCGACAUUCCCUCAAAACGCUCCACUCCUCCUCCCAAACCCCCUCCUCCCAAAUCCCUGUCUCCCGAGACCCUGCCUCCCAAAACCCCACCUCCUGAAACUCCGCCUCCCGAGACCCCGCCCUCUGAAACUCCGCCCCCUGAGACCCGAGAUCUCAGCAUGGCCACUAUCAGCAGCAUCAGCGUCAGCAUCCGCCACCCCAGCCCUGGUGUGGAGGAGGAGGAGGAGAAGAAGGAGGAAAAGAAGGAGAAGGAGGAGCAGGGGGAGGUCAGAGGUCACAUGCUGCUGCAAGGAUCUGAGAACAACAGAACAAAACUGAAGAUCCCUGCUCUCAGGCCGCUCCCGCUUCCUCUGGUUCAGGCCAAACCUCUGCACAAGAAGAAACAAGGCACCAAUGCGGACAAGAGGCCUAUGGUUCCUGCUGUGACUGCUGGACGGACUCUGUCUGCGAGAGAGAGACGCAGGCUGAGGCAGCAAGAGUCCGGUACCAGCUUUACUGCAGAGUCCGGUACCAGCUUUACUACAGAGUCCGGUACCAGCUUUACUACAGAGUCAGGUAUAAAUCCAGUCAGAAGGUUGUCAUGCCCCGGGACCUCCCCCAGACCACAGACUGAGGCAGUCUACCCCAGACCACAGACUGAGGCGGUCUGUCCCAGACUACAGACUGAAGGGGUCUCGGACGAGGAAGAGUGGAGUUCGGGUUCUGAGGUUCCUGCAGGAGAGCAGCGAAAACCUGAGUCCAGUGAGAUGCAGGACCUGGUGCUGAUGAUGACGCAGACUCUCAAGAUGGCCGCCGGCGAUGGAGACGCGUCAUGUGACCUGCAGGAGUUCAGACUGAACAGGAAGUACAGGGACACGCUGUUGCUGCACGGGAAGACCCCCGAGAGAGAGCUGUCAAUCACCAGCAUCAGCCACAUGAGUUCUGUCAGACUGAGGAGGACCAUGGAGCAGCUGAGGACUGAUGCUCUGCAGGGUCUGGGAGUCUCACUGCUGCAGCGAGUGCUGGAGGUCAUGGAGGAGGAGGACGAGGACCUACGAGAGGUCAGGAGCAGAGGAGCAGAGGAGCAGAGGGGUCAGGAGCAGAGGGGAGCAGAGGGGUCAGGAGCAGAGGAGCAGAGGGGUCAGGAGCAGAGGAGCAGAGGAGCAGAGGGGUCAGGAGCAGAGGAGCAGAGGGGUCAGGAGCAGAGGAGCAGAGGAGCAGAGGGGUCAGGAGCAGAGGAGCAGAGGAGCAGAGGGGUCAGGGGCAGAGGAGCAGAGGAGCAGAGGGGUCAGGAGCAGAGGAGCAGAGGAGCAGAGGAGGAGAGGGGGUCAGGAGCAGAGGAGCAGAGGAGCAGAGGGGUCAGGGGCAGAGGAGCAGAGGAGCAGAGGAGCAGAGGGGUCAGGAGCAGAGGAGCAGAGGAGCAGAGGAGCAGAGGAGGAGAGGGGUCAGGAGCAGAGGAGCAGAGGGGUCAGGGGCAGAGGGGUCAGGAGCAGAGGAGCAGAGGAGCAGAGGGGUCAGGAGCAGAGGAGCAGAGGGGUCAGGAGCAGAGGGGUCAGGAGCAGAGGAGCAGAGGGGUCAGGAGCAGAGGAGCAGAGGAGCAGAGGGGUCAGGAGCAGAGGGGUCAGGAGCAGAGGGGUCAGGAGCAGAGGAGCAGAGGGGUCAGGAGCAGAGGAGCAGAGGAGCAGAGGGGUCAGGAGCAGAGGGGUCAGGAGCAGAGGAGCAGAGGGGUCAGGAGCAGAGGAGCAGAGGGGUCAGGAGCAGAGGAGCAGAGGAGCAGAGGGGUCAGGAGCAGAGGAGCAGAGGAGGAGAGGGGUCAGGAGCAGAGGAGCAGAGGAGCAGAGGGGUCAGGGGCAGAGGAGCAGAGGGGUCAGGAGCAGAGGAGCAGAGGAGGAGAGGGGUCAGGAGCAGAGGGGUCAGGGGCAGAGGAGCAGAGGAGCAGAGGAGGAGAGGGGUCAGGAGCAGAGGAGCAGAGGGGUCAGGAGCAGAGGAGCAGAGGGGUCAGGGGCAGAGGAGCAGAGGGGUCAGGGGCAGAGGAGCAGAGGGGUCAGGAGGAGAGGGGUCAGGAGCAGAGGAGCAGAGGAGCAGAGGGGUCAGGGGCAGAGGAGCAGAGGAGCAGAGGGGUCAGGAGCAGAGGAGCAGAGGAGGAGAGGAGUCAGGAGCAGAGGAGCAGAGGAGCAGAGGGGUCAGGGGCAGAGGAGCAGAGGAGCAGAGGGGUCAGGAGCAGAGGAGCAGAGGAGCAGAGGAGGAGAGGGGUCAGGAGCAGAGGAGCAGAGGGGUCAGGGGCAGAGGAGCAGAGGAGGAGAGGGGUCAGGAGCAGAGGAGCAGAGGGGUCAGGAGCAGAGGAGCAGAGGGGUCAGGGGCAGAGGAGCAGAGGGGUCAGGGGCAGAGGAGCAGAGGGGUCAGGAGGAGAGGGGUCAGGAGCAGAGGAGCAGAGGAGCAGAGGGGUCAGGGGCAGAGGAGCAGAGGGGUCAGGAGCAGAGGAGCAGAGGAGGAGAGGGGUCAGGAGCAGAGGAGCAGAGGGGUCAGGGGCAGAGGAGCAGAGGAGCAGAGGGGUCAGGAGCAGAGGAGGAGAGGGGUCAGGAGCAGAGGAGCAGAGGGGUCAGGGGCAGAGGAGCAGAGGAGCAGAGGAGGAGAGGGGUCAGGAGCAGAGGAGCAGAGGGGUCAGGAGCAGAGGAGCAGAGGGGUCAGGAGCAGAGGAGCAGAGGAGCAGAGGGGUCAGGAGCAGAGGGGUCAGGAGCCAGAGGAGCAGAGGGGUCAGGAGCAGAGGGGUCAGGAGCAGAGGGGUCAGGAGCAGAGGGGUCAGGAGCAGAGGGGUCAGGAGCAGAGGGGUUAGGAGGAGCGGGGUCAGGAGCAGAGGAGCAGAGGAGCAGAGGGGUCAGGAGGAGAGGGGUCAGGAGCAGAGGGGUCAGGAGCAGAGGAGCAGAGGAGCAGAGGAGCAGAGGGGUCAGGAGCAGAGGAGCAGAGGGGUCAGGAGCAGAGGAGUCAGGGGCAGAGGGGUCAGGGGCAGAGGGGUCAGGAGCAGAGGGGUUAGGAGGAGAGGGGUCAGGAGCAGAGGGGUCAGGAGCAGAGGGGUCAGGGGCAGAGGAGCAGAGGAGCAGAGGAGGAGAGGGGUCAGGAGCAGAGGAGCAGAGGGGUCAGGAGCAGAGGGGUCAGGAGCAGAGGAGCAGAGGGGUCAGGAGCAGAGGAGCAGAGGAGCAGAGGGGUCAGGAGCAGAGGAGCAGAGGAGCAGAGGGGUCAGGGGCAGAGGAGCAGAGGGGAGGGUCAGGAGCAGAGGAGCAGAGGAGGAGAGGGGUCAGGAGCAGAGGAGCAGAGGGGUCAGGGGCAGAGGAGCAGAGGAGCAGAGGGGUCAGGAGCAGAGGAGCAGAGGAGCAGAGGAGGAGAGGGGUCAGGAGCAGAGGAGCAGAGGGGUCAGGGGCAGAGGAGCAGAGGAGCAGAGGAGGAGAGGGGUCAGGAGCAGAGGAGCAGAGGGGUCAGGAGCAGAGGAGCAGAGGGGUCAGGGGCAGAGGAGCAGAGGGGUCAGGGGCAGAGGAGCAGAGGGGUCAGGAGCAGAGGAGCAGAGGGGUCAGGAGCAGAGGAGCAGAGGAGCAGAGGGGUCAGGGGCAGAGGAGCAGAGGAGCAGAGGGGUCAGGGGCAGAGGAGCAGAGGGGUCAGGAGGAGAGGGGUCAGGAGCAGAGGAGCAGAGGGGUCAGGGGCAGAGGAGCAGAGGGGUCAGGAGCAGAGGAGCAGAGGAGGAGAGGGGUCAGGAGCAGAGGAGCAGAGGGGUCAGGGGCAGAGGAGCAGAGGAGCAGAGGGGUCAGGAGCAGAGGAGCAGAGGAGGAGAGGGGUCAGGAGCAGAGGAGCAGAGGAGCAGAGGGGUCAGGGGCAGAGGAGCAGAGGAGGAGAGGGGUCAGGAGCAGAGGAGCAGAGGGGUCAGGAGCAGAGGAGCAGAGGGGUCAGGGGCAGAGGAGCAGAGGGGGCAGAGGAGCAGAGGGGUCAGGAGGAGAGGGGUCAGGAGCAGAGGAGCAGAGGAGCAGAGGGGUCAGGGGCAGAGGAGCAGAGGGGUCAGGAGCAGAGGAGCAGAGGAGGAGAGGGGUCAGGAGCAGAGGAGCAGAGGAGCAGAGGGGUCAGGGGCAGAGGAGCAGAGGAGCAGAGGAGGAGAGGGGUCAGGAGCAGAGGAGCAGAGGGGUCAGGGGCAGAGGAGCAGAGGAGGAGAGGGGUCAGGAGCAGAGGAGCAGAGGGGUCAGGGGCAGAGGAGCAGAGGAGGAGAGGGGUCAGGAGCAGAGGAGCAGAGGGGUCAGGGGCAGAGGAGCAGAGGGGUCAGGGGCAGAGGAGCAGAGGGGUCAGGAGGAGAGGGGUCAGGAGCAGAGGAGCAGAGGAGCAGAGGGGUCAGGGGCAGAGGAGCAGAGGAGCAGAGGAGCAGAGGAGGAGAGGGGUCAGGAGCAGAGGAGCAGAGGAGCAGAGGGGUCAGGGGCAGAGGAGCAGAGGAGCAGAGGAGCAGAGGGGGUCAGGAGCAGAGGAGCAGAGGAGGAGAGGGGUCAGGAGCAGAGGAGCAGAGGGGUCAGGGGCAGAGGAGCAGAGGAGCAGAGGAGGAGAGGGGUCAGGAGCAGAGGAGCAGAGGGGUCAGGAGCAGAGGAGCAGAGGAGGAGAGGGGUCAGGAGCAGAGGAGCAGAGGGGUCAGGAGCAGAGGGGUCAGGAGCAGAGGGGUCAGGAGCAGAGGGGUUAGGAGGAGAGGAGCAGAGGAGCAGAGGGGUCAGGAGCAGAGGAGUCAGGGGCAGAGGGGUCAGGAGCAGAGGAGCAGAGGAGCAGAGGAGCAGAGGGGUCAGGAGCAGAGGGGUCAGGAGCAGAGGAGCAGAGGGGUCAGGGGCAGAGGGGUCAGGAGCAGAGGGGUCAGGAGCAGAGGGGUCAGGAGGAGAGGGGUGUGGUCAGGAAUGAUUAAGUCUAGCGCUGUGAUGUCACAUGUUGUUUUGCAGCUGCGUCUGCGGGAGCAGAUGGGCGACAAGUACCAGCCGUACGCAGUGAUGGUUCGACAGCUCAAGUUCUUAGAAGACACGACCCUGAGAAUUUAA